UAUAUAAAGACCUGAGUUGAUAGCAAAUAUUCAUCAAAGAGAAAGCAAUGGGCAAUGGCAGUGGCGUUCUGGCUGGGAGCUAUGGUAUCAACAACAGUGGAGCCACUAACUCUGGCACUGGUUCUGGAAGCCAGAACUCUGGCCAAGGUUCUGGAUCGGAACAUGUAAGCAAUGGAAUGCGGAAUCAUGAAGGACGCGACAACAACAGUAAUCAGGGCAUCCAAAAUAACAACGGUCAGAAGGGCGAAGGCGGCAAAAACACAAACAUAAGCGGCAGUGUUACAGGCGGUAGCGCUAGCUCUUCUGGCUGACGUUGGGAUCUACGAAAGCGGGCAGUGUAAAAUUUUAAAUUUCAAGCCUUAUAAAAUGGGUUUCUAUGUUUAGCAGCUGGCUUGCCUUAAAGCAAGUAACGAUUAAAUAACUGCUGCUUCUAUGCUAUUUUAUGUUGUUAUAAAUGGGUGUAAUGUAUGCAGACAUCUUAACAGCCUUUCUUAAGGCGUAAAUAUGAUUCUCUGCUAAUAUAUGUUUCAUAUAUGAAUCUAUGUGAAAUGUGUGUUUAAUCAAUCCUCUACUUUUUU